UAAGUUGGCAACAUUGAGGCUUCUAGCGGUGGUGCGCUGCUUUUUCUCGGAAACAAGUAGAAGCGUUCCUUUUAGUUUAUUUUUACUAAAGUUUUACGUUGUGGCGUUGUUAUACGCUGAAUUGCUGUUGUCUGUAAUUUAAUUGCAAUUUAUUAACACAAUAUGCGUAAAAGAAAGUCACUCAAGAAAGCAGACGAUGAAUCCGAUGCCUCCGAGCCUGGGGCUGAACCGGAAGAAUUUCAAGAUUCAGGAGAGGAUUGGACGCCGGAUGCCGAUCCGGUGGAACAACCUGCUCGUGGGGGUAGAAAACGUGCAUCAAAAGCACCCCUGAACAACUCUAAAAAGAAACGUAAAAACUCGACAAGUGAGGAAAGUGAAGAAGAAGCUGAAGAGGAUGAAGAAGGAGAGGAUGAGGAGGGGGAACUGGACGAGGAAGAAGGUUCUGAUGAAGAGAAGAAUGGCUCUGAUGGCAACAAGUCGGACUCCAGUCAGUCAAAGGAUAUACCAAAGCAUUUUCAUUCGGGGAACUUUGUUCUGUUGAAGUCCGAUGUGAAAUGGGAUGGAGACUCUGUGAUUUCCAAGUUGGAUGAACUGAACUUGUGGAAAAUAGAUGGAAAAGCUUUAUUACAGAAAUUCAUACCGAUGGAAUCAAAUGGAAAAAUUCUACACAAAUGCACAUGUGUGUAUUCAGGAUGGAAUGUUGACAACCGUGACAAUUACUACCCCAUUACAGAAAUAUUGGACAGAAAUCCUCGUACAGACUCUAAGGAAAUAUGUGUAGCAUUAGAUCUUGACGAUCUGAUUAAAGUACGGGACAAGUGAAUUGUGAAUUUUUUUACUUAAUUCAAUUAGAUAAGUCUAACAAAUGUAUGAAAAUAAAAUCUUGUUUUGGCACUUCAUUCCAGUUUACUUUGUAUUCAUUUUAUAAAAAUGGGGAUUAAAUGUUCAAUAAAGUAA